AUUUAAAAAUGGAUAAAUACAAUGAUCUGGGUUUAGAGGCAAGUAAAUUUAUAGAAGACCUCAAUAUGUAUGAAGCUUCCAAAGAUGGUCUCUUUCGAGUAGACAAAGCUGUUGGAAAUAACCCAGAAUUUGAAGAAACCAGAAGAGUUUUUGCUACAAAAAUGGCUAAAAUUCACCUGCAGAAACAACAAGAACAAGAGGAACUGGUGAAAGGAGCCUCGGGGGCUUUGAAUGGUGGAUUUAAUUUUGGUGGUCAGCUUCCAAGUUAUUUUGUAGUCAAAGACACCACAGGAACAAAUAAAUUGCAUCCAGGAGAAAAUGUUGCUAAGCCCCCUUUGUCUGUACCAUCAACAGUAUGUGCAGGUCAUCAGCUCGCUUUUCCAAGCCAGCCUCAAUGUCACAGUGAUGGGGAGCGAACAAAAAUAUAUCAAGAUGACUAUGGAUAUAGCAGCAGUCUACAGAGUCCAGAAACUCCUGGAGAAUCAAGUUGCCACAGAUCAGGUCAGACAAACCCAGGUGGUUCUAAGGCAGUUCUUCCUUCCCUGUCAUGGGAUGAACACAGCAAUGGUGAUAAUCAAACAGGUGUUCAAGGAAGGAGGAAAAGUGCUAGUAAGCUUUGCAGCCAGAAAUCAAAUAUCGGCUCCCAAUUAUGGUCAAACAGCCAAGAUGGCUCAUUGCAGAGAAGCCCUACAAAACCUCAUGCAGAUCUUCAUCUAUGCCAACAAUCUCAAAGCCCUUACAGAUCUUCAGAAAGUGGGUAUGGAAGUCAGGAAAGUGGAAAUGAAGGCUCUGGACUUAAAAGCUGUAUCCAAAACCUAACUUGCCAGAGACCAUCUUUUUCCCAUGAUAGUACCCCCUUGUCUUCUUCAGUUGGGAUUGAUGAUGAAUCAGCCAUGAGAUAUUCACAGCAGAAAUCUCCAUCAUGUUCUGUUUCAUCAGUACAUUCUUCUCAGACUCAUCAGUCUGUUAAUUUUCAUCCAAAUAAAAGUAGUGGAGACAACCACCCAAGGCACAGCAAAAGCACUCAACCUUCAAUUUCUACUCCAGUGCCUUCAAGUGCAGAUUAUCAGCAGCACAAUAUUCAUCCAUACACUUCAGAUCAUUUUGUAGUUCAUGGUCAAAAUCACAGGCUUAAUUCUUCUGGUUCUGGUCUGAGUCUUGAGCAGAAUUCUAUCACUGCAACAUCUCAUGGACCAAUGAUUUCUGAUGUUCCCAAAUCUCCUUUUAAGGAGAGUAUCGCUGUUCAGCAGCAUGACUCUGGUCCCCAAGAAAUGUCUGGUUCUGCAAAAAUAAAAUUACCCUGUCAGAUGCUCCUUUCACAGCAAGACCAAGGGCCCUCUACUGCUGAAUUAAAAUUAGAAGCUCUUACUCAGCGCCUGGAGCAAGAGAUGGAUGCAUGUCCCAAGGCUGACUACUUUGGAACCUGUGUGAAAUGCAACAAAGGUGUAUAUGGUGCAAACCAGGCCUGCCAGGCAAUGGGGAAUCUCUACCAUGAUGGAUGCUUCACCUGUGGAGCAUGUAGCCGAAAAUUGAGAGGAAAGGCCUUUUAUUUUGUUAACGGGAAGGUGUUUUGUGAAGAAGACUUUCUGUAUUCAGGCUUUCAACAGUCAGCUGAUCGAUGCUAUAUAUGUGGUCAUUUGAUCAUGGAUAUGAUUUUGCAAGCUUUGGGGAAGUCAUACCAUCCAGGCUGUUUCCGUUGUAUGAUUUGUAAUGAAUGUCUUGAUGGAGUGCCAUUCACAGUAGACAGUGAGAACAAAAUCUACUGUGUCCGAGAUUACCACAAAGUUUUGGCGCCAAAAUGUGCAGCUUGUGGCCUUCCUAUUUUGCCAACUGAAGGAUCUGAUGAGACUAUCCGUGUGGUGUCAAUGGACAAGGAUUAUCACAUAGAAUGUUACCGCUGUGAGGACUGUGGAAUGGAACUCAAUGAUGAAGAUGGUCACCGUUGCUACCCAUUAGAUGAACAUUUGCUUUGCCAUUCUUGCCAUCUUAAGCAUAUAGAAAAAGGCACUAGCCCUGUAGCUUCCUAUUGGCAUCACUAUUAGUUGGCUAAUAGUGUUAAAAGUUUCCAGAAUCCUGUCAAAGGAAUCAGUAAUUUGGGAGAGCAGUUGUAUCCAUAUGGGAGUGAAGAUCUUUUAUGUGCAUAGGAGACUGACAGGAUACAUAUGGUAUUAUCCAGAGUACUUGUAGUUUCUCUGCCCUUAAGCUGAAAAAGGGGAAAGGGAUAUUUGGGUCAUUUGAUAAAAAAAAUGUUAGAAGCAAAUAUGAUGCAGCCUUCCAAACUGUAGGUCUUCAGAUCUGUACAGUAUAUAUGUCAAUUAUAGUUCUUACCAUCAUGUGUGGAGAUGCAGUAUAUUUUGAAAUAAUAGAAAAUAUUGUAGCUUGGGUUUUAGAUUUUGGCAGAGGUUUGCUCUCCAAACUUGUUUUAAUUUAGUUUCUGAACGUUUUGUUGCCAGACUAGGUAACAUCACCAGCAGGAUUUUCUUGUCCUAUUUUCUUUAGCUUAUUAGAUACAGUAUACAUUUUACUAGUUGGUCCAGAUGGUGACUGGUUUUGAGUUCUAUCAAUGUAUUAAUGGGCUGUCUUAGUGAGCUUAGUGUUAAUUUUUUUUAGUGCAGGUUGCCUUCUGCCUCCCUCUUUAUAAUUUGAUCCAGAUUUCUAAAAUUGCAGAUAUUUUGAAAACAAUUCAUCUGGUAUUUUCCCCAUUUCAUUUAGAGUCCAAUCUUUCUACAUAACUUCAGAAAUGAGACAUUAUGUACAUGUGUGAAAUACCAGAUGGUCAGAAUAACCGAGAGCACAUAUGGAGACAAUUGAUAGAUGUAGCUACUUUUAUAACUUUUAUUUGAGCACUUGAAACAAUUUGAGAUGAUAUGAACUUUUGAGGUAAUUUUUUUUAGAGAAACACUGAGAAUUAUCUGUACUGAAGGAAUAAAAACUAAUAUCUAUUUCUUGAAUUCUUGGGCCUUAAAUCAUAGAUGUUAUGUUUAAUAUGUCUGAUAUUACAUCUUGUGUACUAGUUACUAAUUCUUAGGAUAAACCUAAGCAGAUUAGAUAAUGUUAAUUUAAUUUUUUGUCCCAGAUGUUUAUCAUUUGAUUAUCCAUAUAAUACCCAACUUUAUUGUGUGUCAAUAAACUAAUUUCACAUCA